AUGCCCGACCGUCUGAGCUAUCGGGUCACUACACCCGUAACAGCUGGUAACACCGCGCUGACGGUAUUGAUUUCUAGGCUUGAAGCUGCUACCUCUCGGCUCGAAGAUAUUGCAUCGUCAACUUUUGAGCAGGAAGGCCAACGGGGCUCAAUUUCAACUGCGACCCCAGUCACAGCUAUAGCUACUACGCCUGCUACUGCGAAGACUCCUACAGCCCCAGCAGCUCUAUCUCCCCCCAUGAUAUCGAUGCUGCCACCAUCGGUAGAAGGGUACAAUGAACUUAUAGCAGGCCCUAAAGGCGUCCAGGCAUGGAAGACUCAGAGCGCCCAACUUGACCCUGUCCUUGGGGAACAGGCCGCUGCAGUUGUUAGCGCAUUCGAAGCUCAGAAACAGUUUCUCCUUGUCACAACAAAGGCCAAGAAGCCUGAUGUAGCGUCCUCGAAAUACAUGGAAGUCUUGAGAGACCUUCAAGGAGCAAUUGAAAAGGUGGACGAGGUUCGACAGUCACACCGCGCUUCUGAGCUGAAAGACCAUCUAUCUAUGGUAGCUGAUGGAGUCGGGGCCUUGGGAUGGGUGACGGUCGAUAGCAAUCCUAAACCUGCCGACUAUGUUUCGGAACUUUUUGGCGGCGCUCAGAUGUACGGAAACAAGGUUCUCAAGCAAAAACAACCACAGCACACCGAAUGGGUUCAGGCGUACUAUUCUAUAUACAAGGAUCUUAUUGCGUAUGUCAAGAAGUUCUACGAACGAGGGGUACCUUGGAACAAAGAUGGCAUCGAUGCUAUUGAAGCCUUGAAACAGGUCAAAGCUAAAGACUGUUCUACUGUGAAUGGUGCAGUUCCUGCUGGUGGACCUCCCCAACCGCCACCCCCGCCACCGUUACCAACCUUCGAUGCGAUCCCACCCCAAUUGCCGCCAGCGCCGGGUGCUUCUCGGGGAACGGCUCCGACAGGUGACAUGGGUGCUGUCUUUGACCAACUCAAUAAGGGCUCAGACGUCACCAAGGGAUUGAAGAAAGUUGAUGCAAGUCAAAUGACUCACAAAAACCCUUCACUAAGAACAUCCUCAUCGGUGCCUCAAAGAAGUAAUAGCCAAUCUUCUUUGAUCAGCAGGAGCAAGUCUCCAGCGCCCCCAGGAAAAAAACCAAAGCCCGAAAGUAUGAGGACAAAGAAACCCCCCAGGAAGGAGCUUGAUGGCCAGAAGUGGAUAAUAGAAAAUUUUGAAUCCCCUGAUGAAAUGAUUGAGAUUGAGGCCAAUCUCAAGCAAUCUGUACUGAUCACGAAAUGCAAUAAAGCCACAAUUCGUAUCAUUGGCAAAGCCAAUUCCAUCAGUAUUGAUAAUUCCUCGCGAGCAUCCCUCGUUAUCGACACCCUUGUAUCAUCCGUCGAUGUGAUCAAAUGUCCAAACUUUGCUCUUCAGGUGCUGGGAAGUCUACCUACUGUACUCCUAGACCAAGUUGAUGGUGCAUCGAUAUAUCUCAGCAAAGACAGCCUCAGUACGGAGAUCUUCACCAGCAAGUGCAGCAGUAUAAACAUCAACAUACCACCAGCGCAGGAGGAUGGUGACUACACCGAGCAUCCCACCCCGGAGCAGAUCAGAACGUACAUCAAGAAUGGACAGCUAGUGAGUGAGAUUGUUGAACAUGCAGGGUAG